UCUUGAUUUUUUUUUUUAAGUUAAAAUUAUAUCUAUAGGUACGUGUUAGUGGAAGAUGAAAUAUUAAGUUAUAAACACAUCCCUCCUACUAAUCGUCAAAUGUCUACCGUAUUGACGUUGAUUCGAUAUUUGCAGUUGACAGACGACAGUUGUUAUUUAUUAUCUAUAGUCUAUAUUAUGAUUAUGUAUAGGUAAGUAGCGUGAAAGCGUUUCCGGCGUAAUACUCGUAAAUAUUGAUUGUCAGGGAACGAGGAUAGAGUGGAGUUGAAUAAGAGGGUUGAAUAAGCUGUUUGCAGUUUGCACAAGCGCAGUCUCUCUAUCUCCGAGUAUUCGUGCGUUUUAACUUUUUAAUAUUACGUUCUUAUCUUUGUUAACGCGCGAUUGUAGUUUAGCUUAAAUUUAAUUUGAUACAAUUUUCAAUAUUUUGUAGUAAUUUUUUCUAUAAUAAUAAUUUAUAAUUUAAUUCUAUGAUGAACAACGGUAAUGAAAAACAAAUUACAUUAAUAGAGUCAACAAUUACACCGACGCAUCUAUCUACAAAACCACCAACUUCGCCAACAAUUAAAGUGCACAAGCCAACGAUAAAAUCGAACAAACAGCAAAUUAUAACAGCGAGGCCAUCAAUUACACCGACUAAACCAGCAAUUAUAUCGACCAAGUCUGAGAUUACACAGACUGAAUUAAUAAUUACGUCGGUCAAGCUAGCAGCUUCCCCGAUCGAAUCAAAAAUUACAUCAAUUGAUUCUAAAAUGACAUCGGCUAGGCCAAGAAUUAAUUCAGUUGAGCUAAAAAUUACGUCAACUAGGCCAAGAAUGAUGUCGAUCGAGUCGAUAAAAACACCGAUCGAUGAAGUAUUAUUCAUUAAGGAUCAUAUUAUUCGGCCGAAUCAACCACUUUUCAAUGUGAAAAAUCCGAAAGGUUGGUUUAAUCAAUUUGAAUUAAAAAUGUUGGCCGCGGACUUACAUGAAGACUUAACAGUGUACUACGAUCUUCAACAAGAAUUGAACAACCACGAUAUUUUAUGUUGUAUUCUAGACGUAUUUCAAAACAUGAGUAUGGUCAACAAGUACAUGUAUUUUAAAAGCUAUUUGCUCAAAAAAAUAUCUGGACAAGAAAGACUUUUGGAAAUCGUAAGUGAUUUAAAAUUGGAAGAUAAAUAUCCAUCUUUUCUUUUAAAUGAAAUGAAACAAUUGACGAAUGAUAAGUUAUUAGAACAUAACUUAAAACGUUUGUGGCUAAAAAAACUACCACCGCAGUUACGAGAUAUAUUAUUAUUAUCUUCCGAUUCUUUGAGUUCUUUAUCGUUGUUGGCGGACAAUAUGAAUGAUCUACUUUUUUUGCCAGAAGUUAAAUCAUCAAAGGAAGCUGUUUACCAGUAUGAAAAUAAACAUGGACCGGUCAACUCCGAUGAUCAUCAAGUAGAAAAUUCUGAAGCUGUCAAUAACAACAUUUCAAUCCGAACAGAGAAAAAGCGGUCUUGUGUAAACAGUUUUUGCAAAUGCAUCUAAGUAUUUAGAGACAUCCAAAAUCGCUGCGGGUAAUUUUGAAUUUUCCAUGUAUAAUUAUAUGAAAACUAUCUAUAAAUCAUUUUUAACUAUAGAGAUAUUUCUUCAGAUAAAGUACAAAAUAUAAAAACGAUAGGUAUCAAUCGUUUGAAAGCAUUGACGUGCAAACUACUUUUGUUAUAUUUUUAAUUUCUUUUAAGAACAAAAUUUAGCAUAUAUAUUAUAUAAAUAUAAUAAUAAAUACAUAUUACAAUAUUCUAAUCAAACUACUAUUUGUUCAAACAACUGAGUUUGUAUUAAAAGUAAAUUAAUUUUUGUGUCUAAAUGCUUUCCAAUUAAUUUGUUUACACACAUACAUUUUUCGUGUUAUAUAAAAUAAAAAAAAAUAA